CCUCUCACGCGGCUGGCCUGCUCCAGAUCACACGCCCUAAUCUCACUCUCCACAUGCUUCCAAAAGCCCAUAUUCCUACUUCCACUGGGGCUGGGACGCUCAGGAACUGAUGGGUGAAGCCAAGGAACCUACAGCAGAGAUCAGAAAUCUGUCUGAUAAUCAAAAAACUGUCUGAAAAACACGCUUUUUUAUCUGUUAGAGCUUUUAAAUUUAGAACUUUGGAGGAUUCAUGUGAAAAGUUCUGCAUGGACUAGGAAUCUUCAUGGAAGUUGUAUUUGAUUAAAAAGGGUUGAAUUUGGAAGAAGGUUUUUUUUUUUCAGAAACCAUCAUCAUCAUAUUGAGAGAACACAAAAAAAAACAAAGACCACAGAAGAGUAACCUGCAGAAGGAAAAUUUAAGCAAGAUUUCAAGAAGUCGCCUGAGAUCUAAUUGAUCUUUCUGUUCUUUUUGCUCAUCUGUUUUCAUCGUCAUCAGUCUCCAUCUACUCAGAACUACUCUUUCUAAAUUGUUUUUGUACACGUUGGGUCAAAACAGUUCUUCGGCUCCUGCCUUCGUUCCAACUGUCCAGCAGCAGUGGCAAUAAUAUGGCGGGAGUUUUGGAAGGUCCGCGGUUGCGUUCGGAUAGCAACUCCAGCACGGCGUCCAGCAGAACAUUGCUGCGCCAGAGGCUCUCUCAACUCCUCACAUGUGUGGAGGACCUCAGCUCUGAUGAUGAGGCCACUGAGGAGGUGUCUCGCACCCUGGAUGAAGCCUUCCAGCUUUGUGGGCGAUAUAGUGGAGAGUUCUUCAGACUGCACAUGCUGACAUGGAACGUCGCUACAGCAGAGCCUCCAGAUGACGUAAGGUCACUGUUGCAGCUGGAUUCUGACUCCCCUGCUGACCUUUUUGUGAUUGGUCUGCAGGAGGUGAGAGCCACUCCAGUAAAGUAUGUCUCUGAUCUGAUAGCAGAAGACUCAUGGAGCCACCUCUUCAUGAACACCCUGGGGCCAAAUGGCUUUGUCAAGGUGACCUCUGUGAGGAUGCAGGGUCUCCUCCUGAUUGUCUUUGCUAGGCAGGUGCAUCUUCCCUUUAUUCGGGACAUCCAGAGCACAUACACCCGCACCGGCAUUUUUGGCUAUUGGGGGAAUAAAGGUGGUGUGUCAGUGCGUUUCUCCUUCUAUGGGCACAUGCUUUGCUUUCUGAACUGUCACCUGGCAGCGCAUAUGAACUAUGCUGUGCAGCGUGUGGAUGAGUUUGAGUAUAUCCUGGACUCACAAGACUUUGACUUCUACAACACGCCGCAUGUGCUUGACCACAAGGUAGUGUUCUGGUUUGGUGACUUGAACUUCCGCAUCGCAGACCAUGGCCUGCACUUCCUGCGCUCCUCCAUCAACAGCGGCCGCUUCAAUCUGCUGUGGAGCAAAGACCAACUGCUGAUGAUGAAGCAGAAGGAGCCGCUACUGCAGCAGUUUGAGGAAGGGCCUCUGCAAUUCAAACCCACAUACAAAUUCGACCGCUUCUCUGAGACGUAUGACACAAGCGCGCAGAAGACAUGGCUUGGUUUUAAUGGGAAGAAGCGCAAGCCGGCCUGGACAGAUCGGAUCCUGUGGCGGAUAAAACCCACAGAUGAGGAGGAGUGUGGGUCGAUAGCAGACGAUGAAGAAUUGCCCGUGAAGGUGACUCAGGACAUAUACACCUGUGAUCCAUCCUAUGGAGUCAGUGAUCACAAACCUGUCAUCGGCACCUUUAACCUGGAGCUGCAGAAGAAAGUGGAGACGCCACUGGUGUGUGUGAGUGCAGAAGGCCAGUGGAGCGCUGAUGAAGACGCAGUGCUCACUUACACCAUUCAGGAGAAGUUUGACGCUUGCACCUCAGACUGGAUUGGCCUCUACAAGAUUGGCUUUAGAAGUGCCUUGGAUUAUAUCGCCUUUGUCUGGGUCAAGGAGGAUGCGAUCGCUGAUGUUGAUGAAGUUGUUCAGCUAAGCAUGAAGAGAGAUGACCUCCCCCUGCUGGCAGGGGAUUACAUUCUGGGCUACUUCAGCAGAAACAUGCAGUCCCUGGUGGGCCUCAGCCCUCCUUUUCAGAUAAUGGAGUCUACACUGGCUCUGCUGGAGGGCCUGGUGCCUGAAAACAUUAACGGACUGGACAAGUAACAGAGAGGCAGAGGUCAGCUGGACCUGUAAUCACCAAGCAUCUGAGAGUCUGAGUUCUCUGCCUGUAGACUAGCAGCUGGCUCACUGUAUCAUCACUCUUCUGGAGAAUUACAGUACCGGCACUGAAAAAAGUAAAUGCAUUGAAUUUAUUUGAUUCAAAUAUGUACAUAAUUGCCACAUAAAAAAAACAUAUUAUGAACACAGUAUUGUUUAUUGACUUUUGGCAGUAAUUUUGUUGAUGUAACAUAUUUUAUUAACAUGAAAAUGAUGUACACAUUUGAAUCAACUUAAUUCAGUGGCGUCUCUUCACACCAUGACCAUGAUUGACCACAGUGCUGCUCUAUUUCUGAUACCACAGGUCACCUUCUUUAAAGUGCCUACCCACAACAUACACAGUAAAUUAAAUGCAUGUUUAUAGCUCUUUCUUGCCAGCAGAGGGCCAGGACUGUCCUACUGCUUUACAGCAGAGGUUCUUAUCUGCAAAACGAUGGUGUGGCUGCAGGUUUUACCAUCAAUCAGCUCAAAUAACUGCUUAAAAGUGUGAAGACUGAGACCAGCUGAUUGGAAUCAUUGACAAGUGGAAUCAAGUGUGCUUCUGUUUGAUUGGAUGGAAAACCUGUAGCCACACUGGCCCUAUGGCAAACAAACUUGCUGAAGACAGAGAGGAGAAUGAUAUGCAUUGAUGGACAAAGUGUGAGAGCACAGGAAAUGAAUGGCUUACUAGCCCUUAGAAGUCAAGAGUUAUUAUAUUUGUUUUGCUAUACUAUGCAAAUGUAAUGACAAUUAUAUAUUUACAGUCAUAUGCAAAAGUUUCAAAACCCCUGGUCAAAUGACAUGUUUGAUUUCUUUUUCCAAUAAGUUAAAUUCUGCAAAUAAACAGUCAUCUUGCAUUAACAUAUGCAGAGGAUGUGUGUAGAGGAUGUGUGCUUAUUUACAUAAAUCAACAAAACAUGUUAUGUGACCAGAGCUGCCAAAAAAAAUUUGCAUAGUACUGUAUAUAUUUACAUAGCGAGUUAUACAAUUAAUUACAUUUGCAUUUAAUUUACAGUCUGUAUGAACAUACUCAAGUCUGCACAUCUGAUUUUACUUGCUAUUUGUGACAAAAUAAACAUUUUUUUUAUUUUUUCCAGAAAAAAAAUACUAUGUUCAAAUCCAAUAUGGGCCAAAAGUUUAGCAUGUAUAGUGGAAUUUCUCUGCUUGUUUCAUUGAACUACAAGAGCAAAAAUACUAUUAACAGAACAGAAGCAGCGAUAACUGUGACUUCUAAGGGUUAGUCGAUUGUGCUGAUAGUCCACUCACAGUAUUGGCCAAUCUCAAAAUAGCUGAAACUAGCAAUAUAUAACUAUAUAUAGCUAUAUAUAUAACUAAAGAUGGCAUAAGACCACCUUUUCUUCUCCAGAAGUGAUCUGUCUUCUUUAAAACUUUAAAAACUACUAUGAUUUAAAGUGAAUGAUUUGAAGUUUAUUAAAAAGUAAUCGAUCAUGCUGAAACUGCUCAAACACACUGCUACCCCACAGGAAGAAAUACACAGCUAAACGUCAUAUAACAUAUUGGCCCUUACUCACGCAGAUUUUACCAACAUUUUACCAACUCACUUGUGGUAGUAAUGUGCAUAAAAUUAAGUGUAAUGAUUUAACACCAUGAAAAAUAUGCUUGAUUUUUGCACAUGGCAGUCCAGUAUAUAAGUGGAUUUACUUUUUUUUACAUGCACAUUGGUAUAAACAAAUGCCAUAACUGUUCCAUGACACUGCCCAAAAAUAUACAAAUACAAAACACAGCUAGUACAGAACAUAUAAUACCAUAGUAGUGUUUAAACAUGUUGUUGUAAGGAAAUAAUUACAGUACACAGUAAAAAAAUAUAUAUUUUGUUUAUUUUAUGUCGUUGGCUCAUGAGCUGCUGAAUUAUGACUGACAUGAAACAUGCAUGAAUUUGGGCGUUUAGGUAAAUGAUAUGUAAAAAGCACUGAACGUAUUUAUCAUUUGGGCUCAAUUCCACAUCAAAAGUUGAAUAGAUCAGGUGCAGAGUAGCUAGGAGAUCAAAUCUGCACUAAUUUUAUACAACUUUGCUAAGUAACGUGCAAUGUGAGCAUGUGCUGUUUCAGGCCGGAUUUGUUACAUUAGUUCACAUUCACUCUUUUUUUCCCUACAGCAUUUUCUGCUGAUAACCCAUAUCAGACUGCUGCAGUCUCUAAUGACAACCAGUAAAGGCGCGUAACAGAUAAAAUAGAUAAGGUCAUUACAAGAGCAAUGCCCAGUACAUUUAUGUUAAUAAGAUCUCAGUCACUGCUGAUGAAACCUAAAGUAAAAACACCAUGAGCACUGGCUUUUAUCUUAUAUAAUUUUGGAAAUAUAUAUAUAUAUAAAAAAGUGAUUUUCAAGAGCUUUUAAAUACCCAAGUACUCUUCAAAAGUCAUAAGAAGUGUGUUUGGCAUAUACACACAGCAAACCUUGUUCAAAGCUAAUUGGACUAAAGUUUUUGGGCUGUUAUUGCAUAUACGUCCUACAGAUGGCAGUGUUGGCAUUUCAAUAAUAAUUCUGACCAAACCUGCUAUCAAAAAUUGUUAUAUUCGAAUUACCUGUGAAUGAUUUUCAGGUGAAAAUGGUUUGCUGUUUGGACAGAUUUAUUAACGGGCCUGAGAAAAAAAGCUACUGACAUAAAAAAUGACUGAUUUCCAGAGGUAACAGAGUUUAAGGCCUUUGAUUUAUUUAUACUUGAUUAUGCAGAUGACAGAGGAGAGCAGAUAAAAUCAGUUGCUCAUCUUGACCCCAUAAUACAGAGGGUUAGAUAAAUACUAUUACGCUUCCUGAGUGGGGAAAUGGGGAUGAAAGCUUACAGAGCAGAAAUAAAAGUAAUGUACUUGCA